GAUUCGCACAACUUGACGAUUGGUUCGUUACUUUAUUUCUUCUGGUCGAUUGGAAAUAGGGUUCGCUUUACGGGGCAGGGUAAUGAUUGGCUUUAUCACGGCUGCCAUUACAUAAAGUACGCAUUUCUAGGGAGUUACUUGAUAGUUUGUCUAGAAAUUGAUUUGAAGUCAUUUUGGAUGACACACAGAACUAAAGUUGUAAAUUAUAUAGGCUUUUUACGCCCCUACAGUUCAGUACAGUACAGUAUACAAAAAAAAGUUCUCGUAACUCUCAGUGAGAAGACGACCAAACAAAGGUUAUUAUGGACAGUUAAUCCAUCCUCAAACAUUCUUUGGCCGAUCAUCUUGCAUUUCACCCCGUUGAUAUGACGACAUUCAGUCAUCAUAAUCAGGAUUCUGUAGCCUCUUAUCAGCUUGGAAAAACUUUGCCUACUUUGCCGUAGCUCGAGCUACCGAACUCAGAGAGUGCGUAGUUAUGUCUUCAGUACAUUAGUUACGCUCGUUGUUUCGUGCAGACCAGAUCGUCAAAUUAACGCUAGCUGUCGAUCGAACAUUUCACCAUCAGACAACGUUUUACACCAUUGAGUCAAGGUUGCACAAAUUAUCAAUUCCGUUCCGUCCGCGCGCUUUUUUUUUGCGGAACCAAGUGCCUUGAAAGUUGGGGUGAUAUUCGGAAGACGUUUCUUCUUCUUCGUCGUAAGGUCAUAAAAUGUAUAGCUGGUGAGGUGGAAUCGUUUCAAUGUGCCUUGCUGUGGACAUAGUGCAAUGUCAUUUAGUACCGUCCGAUCGUAUACGAUCCGGUGAUAAGUGUGUAGAGUGAAUGUGCCUUACGACGCUACUGCUGUGUCUGGUCCAUCAGUGCUGUUACAGUGAUUCUAACGCAUUUCCCCGUCGGCGCAGUCCGGUGCAAGUGAUCGAGCUAGUGAUUCACCGGUUUCCACGUGUCCACGCACCGCAACGACGAUGGACAGCUCCACGAAGCCGGUGAAGAAAAACCCACGCAAGGGAGCGUUCUGUCUGUCGCAGCUAUUCUUCGGCUGGUUGCUACCAUUGUUCUACCGUGGAUCACGCCGUGGUCUCGGCAAGGAUGAUCUUACCAAGUGUCUGAGGGCGGACCGAUCCGAGGAUUUGGGCGAAGAGUUGGAAGAGCAAUGGGAAAAGGAAAUUUCCCAGGCACGAAUCGCUAGCCGCGAACCGAAGCUACGCAAUGCUCUGUUCCGCACAUUCUACAAGCAGAGUCUCUUCGAUGGAUUUCUCAUAUUUCUAUUCGUUUUAAUAAAAACCAUUCUACCGGUGGUGUUGGCACAGUUGCUGAUCCAAUUUCGGGAACCCACCAAUUCAACGCACGUUGCAGUGGCAAACAUCGAUCAUGGCGUGAUUAGCACGGUACCACCGAUGGCAAUGCCGCUGAUGAUGCUUCCGGAGACGACCCUGUCGCAUCUGGAAAAUCUCGUGUUCGACGAGACAGCCAUGAUAAAUAAACGACGGCGGAAACGCCGGAUCCGGAUCGAUGACGAUCAGCCGGCACCGGGCAAUAGUAUUGGUGGAAAUAAACCAACCGCCACUGGACAGGAAGAUGAUACCAUAGAGACAACUAUGUUUCCCGACAUUAGCGAAAUGUUUGAAGCAACCGAAAACUCAACGGUGACUGCAAACAGCACGAUCGUAGACGAUCUGUCUGAUUUCCUUCAGCAUGCAUGGAACGAUGAGUUUUGGCUUUCGGGAUUGCUGGUACUGUUGACUUUGUUCGGUUGUUUCUGCUGCCAUCAUUCAGAUCUCCGAGAACGUCUCGUCGGAGCUAGAAUGCGUAUUGCCUGCUGUUCGUUAAUCUACCGCAAAACGCUCCGUAUGUCAAGGAAGGCGGCCGGCCAAACGCCCGCAGGAUAUAUGAUCAAUUUGCUGUCGAACGAUGUGAGCCGGUUGGAUUAUGGAUUCAUCUACAUGCAUUACGUUUGGGUGCUACCAUUCCAGGCUUGCUUUACCUGCUACCUUAUCUGGCGCCGGGUACAAUGGGCCGCUAUUGUCGGUGUAGUUGGACUGCUCGUGAAAACAAUUCCCGUACAAACCGGGCUAAGUCGAUUGAGCUCGAUCAUUCGUAUGCGCGUUGCGAAAAAGACGGAUCAGCGUGUUGGCAUCAUGAACGAGCUGAUCCAGGGCAUCCAGGUGAUAAAGAUGUAUGCGUGGGAGAAACCAUUCCACAAGGUAGUUUCGAUAGCCCGCAAGAAGGAAGUGCGACAGAUACGGUGGGCAUCGUACAUCCGUGGCAUUUACCUAAGCACGAUGGUGUUUACCGAACGAUCCACCCUGUUUCUUGCGAUCGCAUGCUGUGUGAUCGAGGGCCGAUCCAUCACGGCGGACAUCGUGUUCCCGAUGGCACAGUUUUUUAACAUUCUUCAGCUAACGGCGGCCAUCUUUUAUCCGCUUGCCGUGUCACUCGGUGCGGAAGCACUCGUAUCGAUCGAUCGCAUACAGGAGUUUCUGGCGUUGGAAGAGCAUGACUCAAAACCACAGUUGUCCAGCGGUGGACUGCAGCGUCAUCUGAACGAUCUUCCUUUUAGCGAGGACAACAGUAAGCCAGCACUGGAUCUACAGAAGGUUACUGCCAGCUGGGAAGAAACGACCGAAAAAACGUUAAAAGAUAUCACCGUGAAGAUCGACGCCGGUAAGCUACUGGCCGUAAUUGGACCGGUUGGUGCCGGCAAAAGCUCCCUGCUGCAAAUGUUGCUCGGUGAGCUUCCGAUUCAAAAUGGCACUGCGACUAUUAAUGGGGAUGUAUCGUACGGAUCGCAAGAACCAUGGUUAUUUACUGGUACCGUGCGAAAUAAUAUACUUUUCGGGUUGCCGUACGAUCGUCACCGAUAUCAAGCGGUAGUACGACACUGUGCUCUUGCGACAGACUUCCAGCAGCUGCCUGACGGUGAUAAAACCGUGGUAGGCGAACGAGGAACUUCCCUGUCCGGUGGACAGCGCGCUCGUGUUAGUUUGGCGCGUGCCGUGUACAACAAUGCUUCCAUCUAUCUGCUAGAUGAUCCGCUCAGUGCGGUCGAUGCACACGUCGGUAAGCAUCUGUUCGACGAAGUGAUCGGUCCACGAGGAUAUCUUGCGCAGAAACAGAAGGCAACGCGCGUGCUAGUGACGCAUCAAGUACAUUUCCUCAAAGAAGCCGAUUGGAUUGUGAUUAUCGAGGGUGGUAAAAUUGUGACCCAAGGUACGUACACGGAGCUGGCUAAUGGUAAGAUUGACUUUGGCAAGCUGUUGAAAUCUGGCGGUAACGAGAAGAAUGUUUCGGAUGAGAAUGUACUCUCGGGAGACAUUCCUGAAGACGAAAUACCGUUCAUUGAUGGUGUUACGCUCGAUGGGUAUAAGCUGCUAAAGGGAAGCACCGUCUCAUUACGUGGUGUUACACCGAGUUCUUGUGCGUCGAGUGUGGCCGAAAACCUUGGUCGGCAAGUAGCAGAGGACCAGGCAGAAGGUAGCAUUUCGUGGCGCAUUUGGGCAACUUACUUCCUCUCCGGAGGCAACAUACUAAUGCUGCUCUUCACCUUCCUGAUGCUGCUCUUGUCACAAGCGAUCGUCAGUGGGUCGGAUUACUUCGUAACGUACUGGACGCGAAAGGAAGAAUUGCGACUGGCGAACGAAUUCGCGGUACACACAUCGACCGUUGACUUUCUGUACACGUACGGCGUGAUUAUUAUCGGCGUGGUCAUAUUCACCAUAUUCCGAGGGUAUCUGUUUUUCAACAUUUGCAUGAAAGCUUCCCGAAAUCUGCACGAUCGAAUGUUUGCCCGCAUUCUGACCGCCCCGAUGCGCUUCUUCGAUACGAACCCUUCCGGGCGAAUUCUCAACCGCUUCUCUAAAGACAUGGGAGCGAUCGACGAACUGCUGCCAAAGGCGAUGAUUGAAGCCAUCCAGAUACUUUUAGUGAUGACUGGUAUUUUAACGAUGAUAACGAUCGUGAAUCCGCUGCUGUUAGUACCACUGUUCGGAGCAGUUUUGCUGUACGCCAUUGCUCUGAAGCUGUAUCUACGACCAAUUCAAGAUUUGAAGCGUUUGGAAGGAAUCACACGCAGUCCGGUGUUUUCACAUCUUUCGGCAACACUGUCCGGUUUGUCAACCAUCCGUUCGAGUGGUGUCCAGGAAAAGAUUCGGGAAGAAUUCGACGAUCUGCAGAACGUUCAUUCGGCUGUCUGGCAGCUGACAAUGGCCAGCAAUGCUGCUCUCGGGCUGUGGCUUGAUUGCAUCAGUACGGCAUUCGUGGCUUGUGUGACAUUCAGUUUUAUUGUGUUACAUCAAGAUACCUUCAGUGCUAACGUGGGUUUAGCCAUCUCGCAGGCACUCAUUCUCACCGGUAUGGUACAGUACGGUAUCCGUCAGACGACAGAAUCGAUCCAGCAGAUGACGGCCGUCGAACGUGUCGUACAGUACACUGAAAUUUCCCCCGAGACGGAUCCACCGAAGGUGCCACCAGGCGACUGGCCCUGGAAAGGACAGGUUCAGUUCCAUAAUAUGUCACUCCGCUAUGAACGGGACACACCGCCGGUGUUGAAGAACCUGGAGCUUAUUAUCGAACCUACGUGGAAGGUGGGAAUUGUCGGCCGUACUGGUGCGGGUAAAUCGUCCCUAAUCGGAGCAUUGUUCCGGUUGGCACGGAUCGAGGGACGCAUAAUGAUCGAUGGUAUCGAUACGGGCGUAAUUUCUCUUGAAGCGUUACGUUCAAAGAUAUCGAUCAUCCCGCAAGAUCCGGUACUGUUCAGUGCCACCAUACGCUACAAUCUGGACCCGUUCAGUUUGUACGACGAUGAUAUGCUGUGGCGUGCGAUUGCUGAGGUGGAGCUUCGUUCCGCCAUCAGUGGGCUGGACUUUAUGGUGACGGAAGGAGGCACAAACUUUAGUGUUGGUCAGCGGCAACUGAUCUGCUUAGCUCGAGCGAUUCUGCGGAACAAUAAAAUCCUGGUGCUGGAUGAAGCCACCGCUAAUGUUGAUCCACAGACGGACGCUUUAAUACAGAAAACCAUCCGGGAAAAGUUUAAACACUGCACGGUUCUUACGGUUGCGCAUCGGCUACACACGGUAAUGGAUUCCGAUCGCAUACUUGUGAUGGAUGCCGGCGAAGCUCGAGAAUUUGAUGUUCCUCACAUUUUGCUGCAACAGGAUGGUAGCAUUUUACGCGAAAUGGUCGAAGCUACAGGACAGUCCGAGUCGGAAUCUCUGAAACGAAUUGCGGCGGCCACUUAUGAACGAAUGGAUCCGAACCGCCAUCUUAUGAACGGUAUGCCAAAUCCGUGGCGUUUCGGCAAAGAAACACCUUAAUGAACUAGAACAAAACUCAUCAGACGGUAAAAGCGGACACGCAUUUGCUGCCCUUUGCCAGGAGCUACUGGCACUGUCUCUUAAUUUAAUUCGCCUUACCGAUAGGCUGGGUAUCAAAGCAAAACAUCACGGAAGUCACUCUUCCAUGAUCCAGUGACCUAUUUUGGAAUCGUUCAAGAUUUACAACAUUGUACAGGAGAUGCUUUUUGUUUCGUGGUUUUGAAGUGUUUUUGUUUAUAAUGGUGUAGUUGUUAGAGCUUAUUUUACUACUUACCCUCGUGCACGGUACUUUGACGAUCGAACAACGAUAAUCUACAAAACUUAAUGUACUUUAAAUACUAAGUAUCACGUCCUGCAGUUGUGGCCAAUGCCGAAUGUUUACAAAAGAAAUAAAAUAAAUACAAUAAUUUUGAAUAUUUUUAA